CAAAUCAACCAGGAUCUGAACAUCCAGCUGCUGAAAGACGGUUAUCGCCUGGACGAGAUCCCGGACGACGAGGACCUGGAUCUGAUCCCGCCCAAAUCUGUCAACCCCACCUGCAUGUGCUGCCAGGCGACCUCCUCCACAACCUGCCAAAUCCAGUAACCCCCACUUUCUCUGACCCCCAGCGCUCUCCACAUGACAUAACCCGCCCCCACCCAAAUCUCCAUCCCCUGUGAGUUUGCCUCGCCACCAGGGUGGUGACAGUGAGGCAUUUGUAGAAAAUUGUCAUGACAGUUGAAGUGCUAUGAUGAUAACAGCAAGUAAUCGCGUAACAAACAGAAUCAAAACCUAGAAGAAGGGGCACAGGUCAGAAAACUCUGGGUGUAAUUCAUUAAAAUGCUCGUAAAGUGAUGGAUUCCUCCUAUGGCAGGACCUGCUUUCUGUUUCAGAGCUUCUUGCAAGGUGGUGAUGUAACAUAACGCUCCGAUUUUAGUUUACAGUCAAGAAAAGGUCAUUAGAUGUUGAGUUUAAUAUUCCUGAACAGUAACAAACAUUAUAACUGCUGACUGCUUUACCUCCCUGAACUCCGCUUUGCCUUUUUCUCUUUUUUAUUUCAAAACUUACUUUGAUGAAACCGAGAGAUUCCAGAGUGGAUUGUGGACUUGUACCCACACCCCCAAAAAAUCGGAGCGCUGAUAUUUAAUUCAUUGUACUGUACAGGGUUGUUAUGUAGCACAGGUCCAGUCUCACCUAUCAUGUCCUYUGCCCCACUUCGUCACAGGAAUUAAGGUGAGACGUUUGAACAGGAGUGACUCUGGAACAAACUGCAUGAAAGACGGAGGGAGUAAAAUAAAAAAGGCACAGAGCCGCUGUGCAUAUUAAGUUUACACAUUUUUGCUUUUAGUUUUAYGGGGCUCGUAUCGUGCAUUCUGUCCCCCGCAGCAGUGGCUGCGGCUCAUAAAAGGGAAGAUUGCAUAUUUUUUUAACCCAACGCUCACAUGAUCCAUAUUAGCAAAGGCCAAAGGAACAAAAGGGAGAUGAGGGUUGGACUUUAAACCAGUUAUCCAGCACAUUUUGUUGCGUUAGAGCCUUAUUUUUACAGUCCCAGAAUGAUCACUGGACCCUACAGAAUCACACACAAGUUCAAACUAGAAAAAUAGCCCCUCUCCUCUUUGCAGAUGCAUGCACACAAAACAAUGCCAAAAGAGAAACGGCAACCGAAUUUCAUUUUGACUGAUAGAAUGGAAAGGGUUUCGUAAUCUCUACACAGAGUAUUGUUGACUUGGAGCACCAGUAUCCAUCAUUUACAAACACUCUCUUCUCUGAAUCAGUUGAUUGCAUUUAGAGUAUGCCUUAAGUACAGAGAAGUUAAAUAUGUGUGUAUGUAUUGCUGUUUUGUAGUUUAUUUGAAAUCCGUUUGCUGUCAUUGAACUUGUGCUUUUUUUAAUUACCCAUGUAAACACAAUAACUGUUUUUAUUUUAUUUUCCUUUUUCCAUUUUCAGAAUAAUUUGAAGUAAUGCAAACACUCCCAUUAAGGUAUUUAACGAUGUUAUUGUCGUGUGCAGUGUAUGACGGUGAUAAAUAAACACAAAGCAAGUGGAAAAAA